CCCAUUCUCUGCAUCCUCCGGGCAGGUAAAGGGCGUCGCAUUGAUAUCCUAACGCGACACUGGGAUUCGCGCGCGCCCUCCGCUGCCCGCACCACCUCUACCCCCGAGUUGGCCCCCCGAUGAAGCACGAGGAGCGCGACACUCGACCACCUCUCCGUCCUUCCAACAUCUCUAACGCGUUAGCAACAUGUCCGAGUCCAAUGGAGCGCAGUUUGGAGUCUCGUCGCCGCUGUCGACUGCGCCGCCCUCUAGGCAAGACACAGAGCUCGGCGAAACACUCUUGACUGAAUUGAAAGCACAGAACAACUUCGAGUCGCCGGAGGAGACUGCAAAGAGGAACUCUGUGUUGCAGAAACUACAGAAGCUGCUGCAAAAGCUGGUCCAGGAUGUGGGGAAGAAGAAAGGCAUGAGUCCCGAACUACUAAAAGAGGCGGGUGGGAAGAUCUUCACAUACGGCAGUUAUCGCCUCGGCGUCUACGGGCCGGGAUCUGAUAUCGAUUCUCUCAUGGUCGCGCCGAAGCAUGUCUCUCGUGACGACUUCUUUGAGCGCAUGCCGGGCAUGAUUCGCGCUACAUUCAAGCCGGAGGAGAUCACAGAAAUGGUGGUGGUUGCUGCGGCGGCUGUGCCCAUCAUCAAGACGAAGCUCAUGGGGGUCGAUAUUGACCUGAUCUUUGCCAAUUUACAGCGCGACUCUAUCCCGACCAACCUGGAUCUGGGCGACACGAAUUUGCUUCGUGGAUUGGACGACACGGAUCUGAAGUGUGUCAACGGCACUCGAGUGACCGACCGUAUCUUGACACUCGUACCGCAAACUCGUAUUUUCCGCAUCGCAUUGCGAGCCGUGAAGCUGUGGGCACAAAAGAGGGCAGUGUACGGCGCGAUUGCUUGCUACCCAGGUGGAGUUGCAUAUGGCAUGAUAGUGGCACGAGUUUGCCAGCUGUACCCAAACGCCGCCGCCCCCAAGAUCGUCCAAAAGUUCUUCUGGCUGCUUCAUACUUGGGCGUGGCCUUCACCAAUCUACUUACAGGCAAGAGAGAAGGGUCCGCUGGGAAAGACUGAGUGGGACCCAACCACCAAUCCUGGAGACAAACGCCAUUUGAUGCCAGUCAUUACCCCCGCAUACCCGUGCAUGAAUUCCACGCAUACGAUCACGCCAUCUACAAUGGCUGUGCUGAAGAAGGAAUCCGAUCGUGGGGAGAAAAUCAUGAAUGAAAUUUACGAGGGAAAGCGACCGUGGAAGGACUUGUUCGCCAAGCACACUUUUUUCAGCGAUGCCUAUCAACAUUACAUCUGCAUCAUUACAGCUGCUCGGACGAAAGAUGCACAGCAAGCCUGGUCUGGCCUGGUACAGUCGAGGGUCAAACGUUUGUUGGCGGGCAUCGAGCAAUCUGAUGCAGACAGCGUGAAGCUGGUUCAGCCUUUUAACAAGGGUAUCGCACGCCGACAUGAGUGCAAGAGCGAGGCCGACAUCGAGAAGACUCUAGCGGGAGGCCUUGAGUGUCAGGUCGGCGAGUCCAAAACUGCUGACCAAUCCGCAGAGGUCAAGGCACAAGUUGCAGCGCAUGAGGAGGACGAUGGAUCUACGCUCGCAAACGCAGCUGCUGAUGGAACGACCAUCGAGAAGAAGGACAACAUCACCGAGAUCUGGACGACAACCUUCUACCUCGGAAUAGAGCUGAUCAAAGGCGCGAAGAAUCUCGACAUCUCCUGGCCGAUUCAGGACUUCAAACGACAAGUGAUAGAUUGGGAUGGCUAUGACAGUAAAAUGCACUCGGUACAGAUCAAGCACGUUCGCGACUACCAACUACCUGAUGACCUCUUCACGGAAGGCGAGAAGCGACCAGUCAAGAAAAAGAAGCCGAAGAAGACAGAUACAGCUGCCGAGAACGACAAGAAGCGAAGCUUUACCAAUACUGGCCUGGACGAGAAUCUGGACCCUGCUAAGCGCCGACAGUCUGGCAACGUCCCAGGCAUGACCGCCGCCAAAGCAAAUGGGUCUGCUACGCCGAAUGGCUCAGCCGGCUGAGCAGUCAUUGCUAUAAUCCAUUAUCCCAUCAAGAAAUUUUGGCUCGGGCGACAGCCCGUACUUGUAAAACCUAACAUCAAUAUCAGUUUUCGGUGACGCAGGAUGCAAUUAUAGCAGAUGCACUGGUCGAAUCGAGCUAUUACGCGGACGACCACGAUCGACCGACGUGUGGCGCGAUAUGCCUUGAAAAGCUUCGAUCCGAUUCGAUUCACACGCGCGCCACAUCGCCGAUAUACCGGCCACCAACAUCUCUUCCCAAAAUCCGAAAGCAAAUGAAGAAGAUGCCGAGCGAGGUAGGUAGGUACCUCAAAUGCGAUUCAUGGAAUACAGGCGAUCCACCGAGGGGGAAAAACAAGAAAAAGACCGGGAAGAGAAAUUGGGUGAUCUUGAACUUCAUUCGGCGAGGAAGGCGGAUGAAGAGGACGAACGGUACGUGAGCAGCGGCUGUUCUAUAUUGAUUGCGGAUGCUAGACGAGAUGUGGAGGGAGGCUGUAGCUUCACUCUCUUACACCUUGAGCUUAUGUAGCUGCUAAAUGACAUAUGUUUCUUGAGGUUC